AUGACACUAAGAACACCGCGGCGUCGCAUAUCACCACGUACAAAGCAAAGAUACCGCGCUAUAAAGAACUUCCUACGUAAGGCUUUAGGCACUUCAUCCCGUCGAGAUACUUUGACGAAUUCAACGCUAGGAGUCAGUGUUUCAGAUUUGAAAAAUAAAAUAGAAUGUAUAGAGCAGCAAUUGGACAGAGUUAGCAAACACUGUCAGGAUAUAGCGACACUCGAGGAGACAUUUAGAAAAGAGUCAGUCAACUUAGCAAAGCAAGGAAAUCUUGAAGUUGAAGUUCAAAAACCUGGAAAAUCUAACAUAACUCUUAAAAACUUGGAAACUAAUCUUUUAUAUAAAAAUUCGAGUAAGGUAAAUCAAAAAUAUAAUAAAAAUAAUGAUAUUAAUGAAAGAAGCCACAAUGCUAAACGAGACAUGAACUCUUGCGAAUCGGCCAUUAGUAACAAUGCUACUCUUAAAACAAAGAACAAAAGAAACAAAAAAUCUGGUGGAGUAGAACCGGACCAAUAUUACGAGCACCAUUAUAUCAAAAGUAAAAAUGACAAAAUAUCGCGAGUGUAUUCAACAAGUAGCUUUCACUCAUUGGAUAGCUCCAAACAUAGAGAUUACGUCAACCCUAGCUGUUCAAGUCACCGACAAAAACAACGUCGAAAGAAAGAAUACAUAGAAGAUGCUAUACCAAUGAAUCACAAAUAUGAAAAAUAUGAAAGAAGUAAUAAAAAUCGACGAAAUAAACGCGAAGUAACAAGUUAUGAUGAGGAGUUUAUAGCUGAUAUAAUUGAAAGGCAAUAUAAACCUGUAAAGUUAUUUGGUAAACGACAUUCAGAUUUCAGUCAAUUCUCUGCACCAGUUUGCCGUGAUCAAGAAUUUAGAAUACGACAUGAUAUCCAAGAAGGUAGUGAGCUGUGCUCUUGUUGCUAUGACGAUAAUAGAAGAAGAAAGCACCGGUACAUUAGAAAUAAUGAUUUAAGUGAUAUGAGAAGUAUUUGCGAUACUCGACUAUACAGUUCGAAUGAAAAUCACAAUAAGAAAUGUAGACGAUAUGUUCACGAUUACAACAAUUCAGCCUUUUACGAUGUUGUUCCGGUAAAAGAAAAAUCAAGUCCAAAGUCCAGACAUAAAUUUGUAGAUGACAAUAAAAUGAUAUAUCAUUUUAAGGAAGUACCACCGUCACCAAGAACUCAGAGACCGCGACUUAAUUUAAAAGUACACAAUUAUGAUGAAUAUGAAAACAGUCUAGUCGAUCUAAGACCCCGAAGUGGAAAAAAGUUAGAAUCUCUUGAGAAUUAUAAGCAAACAGUAGAUGAAUAUGACAGCGAAACAUCGGCAAGGUUGCAGCAACCACAAAAUAUACGAAACGAACAUUUAGUAAAAGUUAAUACUCAGAAAUCUUUACAAGUUCAUGAACAAAUAGAAACUAUGAGUAGUUUCAAAGUUGAUCCCAUAAACAUAUCAAACAAUGAUACUACUAUAAAUACUCAAGCUACGGACUUCAGUGUUCAUAAAACAGAUAAAACUCUUGGUGAAAUUAAAAAUAUUUUACAAAGUUUUUUAAUCGAAAUAAAGAAAGAAUCGACGAAUGAUGAAAAAUCAAAUGUCACGAAUAGAAUUGAAAACAAAACUACGAGUGAUAUUCAGAAUGGAACCAAAGUAAAUGGAAAUAUGAUUCCAAAUAAUACACCUAACAUGGAGAAUAACAACCAUAACGUGGGGAAUUGCGGUAUGCCACCAUUUCUACCAACGUUUCCAAGUCCUUGUUGCUACCCAAUUAUUCCCAUAUGUCCUAUGAACUGUCUUCAAAGUGGCUACAUGUUACAUAAUCCAAGUUUCACAUGCAUGGCAUGUGCGAGGAAUUCAAAAGAAAAUAUUUGUCACGAAAAAGAUAGUCACAAUAACAAAAGCAAUCCAUCCGAAGUGAAGCCUACAGAUGAAACUCAAGAACUUAUUAAAGAAAUUUACAAAUUUGUUUCGCAAAAAUCAAAAACACCUUCAAAAGUGGGCGAAUAUUCUCCUAAGAAUGAGGGCAGUGGAUGUGAAAUGCGUAAUGUAAAUAAAAAUUUAUUAACAAAUAGAAGUGUGGGUAGCACCAAAGCCUUUAAGCAUGACGCUAAUGUUGGAACACCAAAUAUGAAUUGCCAUUCUAAGAGCUGCGAGGCCAUUGGAUCGAGAAUACCUUCAGAAGGUUACACGACCAACGCCAGCUAUUCUGAUACAGUAUUAGACAAGUUAAGUUUAGAAGCUUCGCAAUCCUCCACAGAAUCUGAUGUCAGUACUGAGCAUCCUAAGAAAAAGGGUAAACAAAGUCCGUUUAAAAAAGUGCUGAAAUCAUUGCGGCUGUUAAGGAGGAAAAGAGAUGUUAUUGAAGAAGAAACUGAGAAUGAAAGCGCAGUAGAAGUCAAUGUUAAAUCGAAACCACCAUUUAAACAACAUAUAACAAACUAUUCAAUGCACGGACAGGAGUAUUUCCACCCACCACCGAUACCAGAACAGUGUUGCUGUCCACCACAUGUGCAUAAACACCCUUACAAUCAUGAUGACAGAGACUCUCGAAAUAUUCCGCAACAUCGAAUGCCUAACGAAUUCCAUGAUAACUGUAGACAAUUUUAUGAUCCAAUGCUUCCAUCACAUCGACAUCCAAAAAACCAUCAUCCUUCUCCAUUAUAUCCUAAUUAUAAUCCACAAUAUAACCAACUCCACUCUCCCCAAGUCCCUUUGUGUCUCAAGGAAAUCGAAGUAAAAAGUAUAGCUACUCAAAGUGAGCGAAAAAUGUCCAUAUUUCAUAGAUUUGCCAAAAAAAUACAGCCCCCGAUUCGACAAGAUGCAACUCAGCAGUUUUCUGCACCUCCGGUUCAGAACAAACCUACAUUAUGGAAAAGUCUGCAAGAAAAGGCCAAACUUCAGAAUCCAGAUCCAAUGUCAUUUUCUCUAAAAACUCAAAAGCAUCUAGCCCAAGGAGACAUGAAGAUGAGGAGUACUAUCUUAAAAAAAUUGUUUUAUAAAAGAAAUCCCUUCUCUCCUCGAAACUUGAUCAUCAAGACGCUACUUGGUAAAGAUAAGUCUAGUUUUGGUGACCCACCAAAGAUGUAUAGACCACGAAUGUUUCUUUAAAUAUCUACUUAAUUUCAAUUAGUUUUGUGUCGUGUUUUGUAUGCUGUCUCUGUGCUUUGCUUUAAAUUAAAAAACGUUUCGUUCAAUUUGUUUUCUGAA